AUGGAGUCGUACGUGGUGAGCUGUAAAUACGCUGAGCCGCAGUUCCCGCCUUGUGAAGAAGAUUACAGUAAUUUUAGUGACCAAGGGGGGUAUUACAGCAACCCUCCGGACAGCGCGGCUUAUGGAGGGGGGUACCCAGCCAGCGUGCACCCAUCCCCGCCUCCGUACGGGCCGUCACCAGCCGCCUAUGUGCAGACACCGCAGGGGCUGGAACAGGCAAAGACUCAGCCUCAGCCUCAGCCUCGGCCUCUCCUCCAGCAUCACGCAGGACACCAGAGAGACUUCCCCGCGUUCACGCACUCAGACCCCGGGGGCAAAGAUGACGCGUACGUGCAGUGUCAGGCCUGGAUGACGUGUGCCAAGCCGGGCCAGGGCCAGAGGAGAGCGGGGAGAGAGAAGCCGCCCAUCGUGGUGUAUCCCUGGAUGAAGAAAGUGCAUGUGGCCCACGUGAACCCGAACCACGUGGGACCUGAGCCCAAACGCCUGCGCACGGCCUACACGCGGCAGCAGGUCCUGGAGCUGGAGAAAGAGUUCCACUUCAGCCGUUACCUGACGCGGCGCCGCAGGGUGGAGGUUGCGCAUGCGCUGUGCCUGUCCGAGCGCCAGGUCAAGGUGUGGUUCCAGAACAGACGCAUGCGCUGGAAGAAGGACAACAAGCUGCCCAACACCAAGGGCCGCAAGAAGAAGGCGGCAGCAGCAGCAGCGGCAGCAGCAGCGGCAGCAGGAGCAGCAGAGGGUGCUCCGGGAGCGGAGAGAGAGAAGGCUGUGAUCACGGUCUGA